AUGGAGAGUAGGGGGUGGACCGAUGGUGGUGGUGCUUGGGAGUGGAGGAGACGCCUUUUGGCGUGGGAGGAGUCGGUGUCCCAGUGUACAUCUCUGUUGCAGAAUGUUGUUUUGCAGGACCAUAUUAUUGACAGGUGGCGGUGGAUUCUUAACCCUAUUCAUGGCUAUUCCGUUAAGGGUACUUACUCUUAUCUCACGGCGUCGGGUAUCUAUUCAGAGUGUGGGUUGUCUGUCGAUUUGUGGAAGAAGCAAGUUCCGCUUAAGGUCUUUGUUUUUGUUUGGCGACUUCUCCGCAAUCGAAUUCCCACUAAAGACAACCUUCUCCGUAGGCGCAUCAAUUCUCUUGACAACACUUCCUGUACUGGUGGGUGCGGUUCUUCCGAGACUGCGAAUCAUUUACUCAUCCAUUGUGUUUUUUUUGGUAUGGUGUGGCAUCGUAUCUAUCAGUGGCUAGGCAUCUCAUUUAUUGUUCCAGCAUCCGCUAGUGAUCACCUUCAUCAUUUUGGUCACCCUGCGGGGAUACCGCGAUCGUCACACUCUUUUGUGACGGUAAUUUGGAUGGCUGAUGUUUGGGUUAUCUCGAAGGAAAGAAACAACAAGAUUUUUAACCAGAAGAUUGACACCUUGGACAUUUAG